AUGGCCGAGAUGCUGAAAGAAUUGACCAAGGUGGCGGCGCGGCCGAACAUGAAGGGCCACUACGCGAAAACGGUCCAGCCCGACGUCGGGCUCCGGCGCAGCGACACCUUUCCGCUCGAACACCGGGCUGCCUGGGAGGCCCACUACGCCGAACAAGGAUACGUCAUCGUCUCCGGUGUGCUCUCGGACGCGGUGGUCGCCGAGGCGAAGCAAGGCUGCGCCGCGCUGGUGGAAGCACUCGCCCAGCGGCUCCUGGCGAAAGGCGCCGUCGCCGACGCGUGCGAGGGCAGCCCCUUCGAGACGCGGCUCAUGGACCUCUGCCGGGGCUGCCCCGAGGAGCUGCCGAACCUGUUCCGCGCGGAGCUCCACCGCGAGGAGUUCCAUGCGCUGCUCUGCGAUCCGACGCUCCUGGACGUCGUCGGCGCGCUGCUCCCGGAGGCCCAGAGUACGAGGAUCUACCCGAACUACAGCGCGCGCCCGAAGACGCCCUCGCCCGUCCACGCGGUCGUCUGGCACCAGGACGCGGGCCUCCGGAGCGACGGCGGGCCGAGCACGGCGCCCGAGGCCGAGCGCCUCGAGAACUUUGGCGUCGGCAAGGUCGUCAACGUCUGGACGCCGCUCGUGCCCGCGCGCGUCGGGAACGGGUGUAUGAAAGUCGUCCCCAGAUCCCACGAGCUCGGCCUCCUCGAGCACGCCUUGGUGUCCUGCUACUCCAUGGGCGCCGCGGGCCUCGAAGGCGGCGCCAUCCCGGACUCCAUCGACGGCUUCAAGGCGGACGAGGAGACGGCCGCGCCCGUGGGGUCGUACAUGACGGCCAUCAAGCCCGAGAUCAUGGCCCAGGUCGAGCCGGGGGCCGUCUCCGUCGAGCUCGACCCGGGCUCCGUGCUCCUCUUCAACAACAUCCUCGUCCACCGCGGCGGCGAGAACGUGUCGGACCACAUCCGCUGGAGCCUCGACUUCCGCUUCCAGGACGCGGCCAAGUCCACGUGCCGGUCCUGGCACGGCCACGUCGUCAAGGGGCCCGGCGCCGUCGCGAGCGCCGCGGACUGGGCGAGCCGCAAGCUCGAGCUGCCCCGCCGUCGGACGAUGAUGGAAGCUUUCCUCGCACGAGUGCGAGGCGUGCCGGACGAGGACGAGACCGGCAGCGACGCGUCGAGCGGCGCGUCGGACCUGCCCGAGUCCUUCGACUGGACCACGGCGGCGCCCCCGGUGAGCGUCGCCGCCGACGACGCCGGCCCGCCGCCGCCGCCGCCGCCGCCGCCCGAGGGCUGGCGCGCGUCGUUCUUCCUCUGCGAGGCGCCGAGCCUCCCCGUCUGCGCGGACCUGCGGGCGGCGACGCUCUGCCGGGACCAGGGCGACGACGGCUGCGCCCUCGAGGACCCGAAGCUGCUCUGCGUUGCGCAGGACGGCGACGCGCCCGCGCUCCACAGCAUCGCGACGACCUGGCUCCGGGGUUUGGGCGACCUCGCGACGUCGCCGCGGGCGGGCGACGCCUUCGCGCGCGAGAAGUUCAUGACGCCCGCGGACGGGCUCCUCGUCGUCGGCGCGGUCCGGGUCCGGGGCCGCGACGGCCGCUGGGUCCGCGCGCACGCCAAAUUAACCCGGCCGACGUGGUCCGCCGACGGUCUGGACCUCGGGCCGUCGCUCCAGCUCUUCCGGGCCGGCGGCGGCGCCGCGGGGCGCGUGCUCCUCGGCGGCUGCCGCGCGGCGGAGAAGCCGCGCGACGCCGGGCUGUAUCCGUUGUCGAUCGACCACCCGGACAUGGACCGGGCCGUCGAAUUCGGCUGCGGCGACGAGCGCGAGCGCGCGCGCUGGGCCAGGGCCAUCCGCGCCGCCGUCGAGCGGCACAUCGUCGACUGCGCCGCGGGGCUCCGGAGCAGCAUCGCGGCCGCGAGGGAGGACGAUCUCGACGUCGAGAAACUAGAGGACGACGACGGCCUCGGCGGCGACGACGAAUUGGACGAGCCGCCGUCGCUGCUGGGCUGGCUCCGGGCGCCCGCGGCGCCGCCGGACGACGCCGCGGGUCUGGUCGCGUGGGUCAGAGCCGCGGCGCCGCCGCGGCCGCCGGCGGACGGCGGCGGCCCGCUCGCGACCGUCGCGGCGCUCGCGGCGCGCCUGCGCGGGGAGCCCGAGGACGACCGCGUCGUCGUCGCCGCCCCGGACCGCGUCGUCCUCGCGGGCGCCGUGCUCGAGCGGCUGGACUUGAACGGCGAGUGGACGCCGCGGACCGCGCGGGUCCUCGCGCACGCGACGUCCGACGGCGCGGACGUCGGCCCGGCGCUCCAGCUCUUCGACGCGCGCGACGAGACGCUGCGCGUGGCGACGCUGUUUUUGGACGGCUGCGAGAUCAUCAUGGCGGGCGACGCGGACGCCGCGGACGACGAGGGCCUCGCGGCGUUCAAAGUCGCGCACCCGUCGGGCGACGUCGAGCUCGCCGCGGGGUCCGUGGCGCGGCGCCUGGCCCUCGUGCGGGCCAUGCGGCGCCUCGUCGCGGACCACCACUUCGAGAGCGCGGCGCUUUCGGAAAGCGCGGCGCACGAGGGCCUCGCGGACGCGCGGGGCCGCGCGCUCGAGGGCGCGCGGGCGACCGGGGCCGGGCCCGAGGUCUCCGAGAUCUCCGAGCCCCGGUCCUGGUUCUUCGACAUCGUCGCGCGGCUCAAGGGCGACGACGCCGGCGCCGCCGGCGGCGGCGACGACGACGACGAGGGGUCCGUGCUCUUCACGGAGCCCGACGACGACGGCCGCUACCGGCGCGACGCCUUCGAGGCGACGCUGCCCACGGUGCCCGAGGACGAGGACGAGGCGCCCGCGCCCGCGAUCGCGGCGCAACCGUUCCCGGGCGUGACGGUGACGACGCGCGAGGGCCGGCUCCACGUCAAGCUCAAGCGCCGCUUCCGCAAGUGGAAGGAGCGCCACUUUCGCCUCUCGACGCGCACCAUGGACAACGGGCGCGACGCCGGGCCCUGCCUGUCCAUGUUCGUCAAGUCGAAGAACACGUUCAAGCUCAUCCCGCUCGCGGGGACGACGGCCGCGGCGUCCGACGAGAAGCCCGCGAAGAAGCGCUUCGGCUUCGUCGUCGCCGCGCCGGGCGACGGCGCCUUCCGCUACGAGUUCUACGCGGCGACGGCCGCGGACCGCGACGGCUGGGUCGCCGACGCCAACGCGGCCGCCGCCGCGAGCGCCGGCGACCACGACGCGGCCGCGGCCGCGGCCCUCGCCUUCGACGACGACGACGACGACGCGAGCGUCGCCGCGAGCGACGUGACGGACUCGUCCUUCAUCUCCGUCUCCCUCGGCCUGUCCUGA